AUGAGGAGGAAAAGAAGAAAAGCCUAUAAAAAAUGGAAACUCUUGAAUCCCACAGUAUGUGACCCUCAGGCUGCUACACAAGCAUGCCAAAAAAACAUAAAAGACCUUGAAAAGGAAGUCAAAAGAGACACCUCAGGAGCUUUACUUCAUCAGACUGGGGCAUUAGGAAAAUCUCAGGAAAGUGGAGAUGAGCAUACAUCUGCUUCUACGAGUAGAAAGCAGAAGUCUCCUUUUCUCCCUGCAGAUAAGAAACAAACCCCAUCUGAAAGCAAAAUAAUUAAGGAAAAGGAUGAGCCUCCUUCAUCCCUUUCUGAUCGAUCAGACAAAGUCUUACCAGCGGUCACGUUCAGUGACUACGAAGAACCAUUAUCAGAAAAAAUUGCACUGCGGGAUUUCCCAAACACAUCAGAGGCCCUUCAACCAUCAAAAGGCAAAACUAUGACAGACGUGACGUGUGGGGCUGUCCACGUCCGAGUAGCAAUCGAGAACAGCUGUUUCUGUCAAACAGGAAUAUGGCUCCCAACGAAAAAGACGUGUUCAAGAUGGCGCCCGUGUUACUCUGUCAGACACCUCCAGAGAUGCUACACUUCUAGAAGCUGCUCUUCCAAGUGCAAGAAUCUAUCGGUUGAAGGGCAACAACCGGAGGCUUCAUCUAAAUCUGAAGGGAAAAUUGCCAAAACUGAGAGCCCCUCACUGAAAGUUAGCAUCGUAGGAAAAGGAAUUAAAGUCAAAUACGUGAGUAAGAAAGAGAAUGUAUUAAUAAAUAUAACUUGUCUGCCAAAAAGUGGGAAAAUAGUGAAAAACAGAAACGUUGCCUCCAGUCACGCAGCUAAAGAAGGGCCCGAGUCUUCUGCAGAGUCCGAUACCGGGUGCCCUGAGAAAUGGCAGCUGGAAAACCAGCAUCACAGUUCAGGCUGUUUGCACGCCUCUCCUCCCACUGGGUUUGCUCUCCAGAAGGAGGAGAAUUCUGAUUCAGUGGUGGUUUUUCUGUGCUCAAGCCCUGACAGCGAGAAGAAUAAGCCUGACACAGUAUCCUCAGCCUCAGAUGACUGUGCGGUAGAAUCUGCCAUCUUUCAGCAAAAGAACUGUGUAGUUAGUAAGAAUACCCUCCAAAAGAAACGUGUCUCUGAGGCUGAGACUCUUCUCAACAACAUUCUUCCUACUUCACGUGAUACCUCAAAGACCAUGAGCUUGAGCGAUAUUGACUUAAGUAAAAUGCCUUUUGAGGACCCUACAGAUGUGAACAGAGACAGAAAAAUCAUCUCAGAUAAACCAGAAAAUAUCACAUUGGACUCAGACACACAGCCCAACCCAGAAGGAAUAAAUUAUUUGCCAAGUACCAUUACUGACAUCUUUCCAGUUCAAGAUGGCAAAGGCUCUGACUUUUGUUCGUCUUCUCUGAGCGUGCAGUUUGUGGGAGAAAAGGCAUCCAACAUUUACUGCAAAGGCAGCAAAAUUCCACCUGCAGAUUGCUAUGAGAACUCAGAUUCUUUAGCUUUCCCUUCUAUUCAAAAUGUUCUGAAGUCUUCCACUUCUUUCAGCCCAUCACCCUGGGCCGCCAGACACUCAGAACCUAAAGAAACCCCUGGGGACCCCUUUUCCUUUAAUCACUGUGCUGAAGUUUUGAAAGACUAUGGGGAAGGGCUUAUUGAUGUGGCUGAGAGAGACUUUGAAAACACCACUUUACAUAGUGACUCUCAUACAAAAGCACAGCCACUACUGGAAGUGAAGGGGACACCGCAUCCACCUCUCAGCCUCGCGUCCUCAGGCAGCCUCUCUGCUGGCCAGCCACUCAGCAGUAGUAGCUGCAUCACCGCAGAGUGGGGUCAGAUAGGGUCUCGGGCAAGCCAUCCAGACACAGCAGUCCCCAGCAAAACAAAAGCACCAGUGAUGACAGUGAUAGCUGAUGAGUUAGACCAAAGGUUAAUUAUUCAAGGUGAUGAAGAAGACACUGUUUACUCUAAUUAUUCCAUGGGAAUGAAAAAUCCUAAAGAGCCUCCCGGCUCUCUGGGAAACGUUGAAAAAGACAAAUGCCACAUAAUUAUGCCUGCAGUAAAGAACGCAUGCUACAGAGAUUUUGAAGACCUAGCAAAUGACAAUCAUGAUAAAGUCUGUUUUCAGACAAAUUUUCCAGACAGUGCUGAGUUCAGCUGUGCAAUGUGUGCUACAGAUAACCUGUUCCUUAUUGAGAAAACCCUGACCAAUGAUGCAGACCAAUAUGUUAACCAAGAUGAAGAAAGCUUUGGACUAACCACUUUUAAACAGGAGCCAGCAGGGUGCCAAAGGACUGCCUCAACAAAGCCAAGCCCUGAAGAAAAUAAAAAUGACCCAAAAGAAACUCACGCUCACCAAAUAGACAUCCUGUUCUCCCCUCAGAAGCAGAAAGCUCUGAAAGAUGGGAAUUUGGAAAUCAGCAGCCUUCGAAAGUUAUCCCAGGAACUGGCUCCAAAAGGUAAAAGGGGCAGCGAUGGCUCCCAGGAGGAAGGAGUGGAGCAGUGGGCCAGGAGAAGGCAGCAGUUCCGAGACGGCAAAAGGUCCAGCUCUGCGGGAGGAAGUUCAUUUGCCAGUAACAUCACUGAAGGAUCUGUCACCUCAGAAGACGCCUGCUCUGCGGACCUUGGCUUUCGAGUCAGUAUUGAAGAAAAAGGAUUCUACACAGAGAACUUCCAUUCAGCUGCAUGGGUUUUCCGAGGGGAUGAUGGGAAUCCUGAGGACAGCCCCAGAUGUCUUAGCAAAAAACCCCGACCAGUGGCUGUCCGUGAGCGCACCGUGAAGCUCAUCAAAGGGACCGGCGAUUACCCCUGGGGAUUCCGUAUUCAGUACUCCAAACCGAUCGUGGUAACUGAAGUGGAUGCUAACAGUGCCGCCGAGGAAGCCGGGCUCCAGGUCGGGGAUGUGGUGCUGGCCGUCAACGGGACGGAGGUCACCGGCGUGGAGCACGCAGAAGCCGUGCACCUUGCAAGGAGAGGUCCAGACCUCUUGACCCUGGUGGUGGGAUCUGACAUCAGCCGCUGUCCCAACACCCCCCGGCCCGCCUGCCGCGGCUACCUGCAUAAGAGGACGCACUCGGGAUUCAUGAAGGGCUGGAGGAAGCGGUGGUUCGUGCUGAAGAAUGACGGCUGCCUCCAGUAUUACAGACACAAGAAGGAUGAAGGAAACUGUUCGCCUCUAGAGGUAAUAAAAUUAGAAGGUGCAGAAGUUGGCAUUGAUAGCAGCUUGGGGAAACCAUUUGUGUUUAACUGUGUGCCUCAGUCUGGAAAUAGAACUUUUUGCCUCUGCGCAACUUCAAACCAAGAAUUCAAAAGGUGGCUGGAAGCAAUGGACAGAGCAGCCCACCCUGCCCACCAGAACCAUGUCUGGGAAGAUGUUACCCUGCACAACAGCAGCCUCCCGCCCCUGGCUAUCAAGAAGCCGGAGUGCCUGGGCCUUCUGCACCAGCUGGACGGAAGCACGGACGUGUGGACCCAGCACUACUGCAUCCUGAAGGAUGGCUGCUUGUACUUCUAUGCCAGCAUUCGCUCAACCCAGGCCUCAGGUGGCCUUUAUCUACAAGGAUACAGGGUGAAUGAGCAGACCCUUAGUGUCAAGCAAUCAGUAAUUGAACUCAAGCCUCCAUCUGAAGAAUUUAAGACUUUCUAUUUCUGUGCAGAAAAUGAGACAGAAAAUCAACGCUGGAUUACAGCUCUGAGAAUGUCCAUCCAAAAAUGGCUUCCUUUGCACCAGGUUAUUCAAGACUUCAUGAACCGACCUCUAGAGGAGACCAGAAUGUGA